CACCCUAUAAGGACCAAUGUACCCAAUAGCUCAUGGAAGAAAAAAAUCAAAUCAGGACAUCCUUGGUUUCCAGGCUACCGAAGUAUGGAACGAAAACUUUAGGAAGUGUCUUGCAACCUAUGCCAAAUGGGACGGCUGUUAGUUUAGCAGGGAAUAGUGGUGGCAAAAACUUUGGCAAGCACAAUGGCACUGUUCGCAUGUCUUCCUUUUCUUUCAACUGGAACAAAUCAAAUAAAUAUCAACCUCGUGAUCAAAAUGCGAGAGAGACUAACUCUAAACAUAACUAUAAUGAAAAAUUAAUCAAGUCUGACAAGUAUUCUCAAUCUCAAGAGGCAUUGGGUAAUGAUGUGCUCAGGGUGGGUUUGAGCAGUACUGCUUCGGUUGCAUCAAAAGCAGCAAAGCAAACCAACAUGUUUGUAUCUUCUACUGAGGAAUUAAACCCAAAGUCUUUGCCUGGACUCUCUAGUUCAGCAAAAUUCGCCAAAGGUACCCUGUCAGGAAGGACCUCAUAUUCUGGACUCAGUGCUCCAAAAUCACAUUUAAAUGGAUUUUAUGGAAAUAGGCCAGUGGUAGGUUUGCAGAGACCUAGAGCUAAUUCCAGUGCCACAAGGACAAGUUCAGGAGAGAGCCUGGCACAAUCUACAGACAGUAGCAAGACUUUUUCCUGUGAAAAAAUGGUAAGAUCACAAAGUUUUUCACAUUCCAUUCAGAAUUCUUUCCUUCCCACUGCAUCUUUAACCAGGUCACAUUCCUUUAAUAAAGCUGUGGAUCUUACAAGGCCUUAUAGUCAAAAUCUAGCUGCCAGGACAUCACAGAGGUCGACUUUGUUGUCAAGAAAUGCACGUCAGUUGGACGCACCCAAUGGAAAUGAACCUAUGAAGUACGGAUUUACCAGGCCCUACACCAGUAUGUCAGCUCCUUCUUCAAAGAAGCCCCCGCUGUCAAAUGGAUCUGGGUCAGCACCUUCUUUUGGAUACAGAUUAAGUCGGCCUUCUCUGCUGAAGCCUACUAGGCAGCGAUUUACUGGAAAUAUCAUUGUGGAUGGCAGCAAAAGUACAAGUCCUGACACAUGCAUUGUGGAGAACUCUGAAAUUUCAAUGGAUAUUAAUAGAGCAAUUGAGAAAAACAGUGUUAUAGAGAGCAAUGCUCAAAGAACAGAAUCUGAUGAGGGCCUCCGUGAAAGUGUGGGAAAACAUGGGGCAAAACUCAUGUGUAUGAGCGAUGAUGGAGAUGAAAUAUCUAUAUCUUCGUUGUCAUCAUCUGAAAAAAAUGAUUUGAGUGAAGACUUCAGUGAUGAUUUCAUAGAUAUAGAAGACCCCAGCAGAACUAUACAAAUACAGCAAAAGGAGAGCUGCCUUCAAGAGUUAGAGCACAGGAGCAUAACAUCCAUCGAGCCGUUCAAUUCUCUUAAGGAAAGUGGAGGAUCUUGCUGUAAUGCUGAUGACUGGCUGGAUAUAAACGUGUCUGCAGCAGAUGACAACAGUGAAAGCACGAAGCAUACUGCUGAGAACAUGAUUUCUCCAGACAUGAAUUACAGAGCUGGGUCCUCUUUUGAGCUUUCUCCAUCUGACAGCUCUGAUGGCACAUAUAUGUGGGAUGAAGAAGGGUUGGAACCUAUUGGAAGUGUCCAUCCAUGUGGAAGUUAUGAAUCUUCAGAAAUGAACAGCAUAGAUAUCUUGAAUAAUCUUGAUUCAUGCGAUCUUGAGGAUGAUGAUCUCAUGCUUGAUGUGGACCUACCUGAGGACCCACCUCAUGACAAAGAGGAAUGUGAAAAUAUGAGCCGUUAUGAUAGACAAGACAGAAAUGCUAGGCAACAUCAGGAAGGAUUCUGGAAACGAGCACCACAACAGCGAUGGAAUACACAGGAUCACUAUCAUCUUGGCCAUACUGAUCGCUAUAUCCAUGGUAAAAAUGAUUUGAACAGGGGAUCAAACUACCUAGAAUCUCCUAUUGGUCACUUUGAAAGCUAUGGAGCACCUAAUUUUUACCAGUCUCCUAGACAGCUGGUGGGCUUACCGGACAAUACUGUGAUGCUUGAUGAAAUGACACUUCGGCACAUGGUCCAAGACUGCACAGCUGUAAAAACCCAGUUAUUGAAACUGAAGAGAUUACUGCACCAGUGUGAUGAAAAUGUGUCGCUCCAGGACAUCCCACUCUCAGUUCCAUCAAGUCCAGAACCGCAAGAACUUGCAUCAACAUUUAAGAUGGACGAUCUGCUGAAUGAGAUCAGGCAGCUUAAAGAUGAGCUGAAGAAAAAGGAUGAAACAAUCCACCAGUUAGAGCAUCAACUUGCCACUAGAUGUAACUGCCAGAAAGACAGCCAAAAACCUACCGGGGCAACAUGCGUGUACGCUGAUAAGUUUACGCAAACCUCCUGGAGGAGGAGUUCUGGUGGGUAUUCUGCUCCCUCCUUCUCUCCCUGGCAGGGCUCAUUCCAGGGCAUCCCUCGGACUGUUCCACCGCACCGCAGACAGACCUCAAGUACUACAGCCUUCCAGCAGCCUUCCCAGUUCCACAGACCUCGCCCAGGGAAAACUAGUAAAAAUGCCACAUAUCGAGGCCCACAGUGAAUAUCCUAAACAUGGUCUGCAUGAAAAUAGCAAUCAUAAGAAUCAAAAUGCUGCAGAUGUCUCCCUCACAAAUAGCCUGAAUGAUGUAAACUCUUUAAUGAGUAUACAGUUAAACAUAAAAGAUGAGAAUGCAUCACAUUUGGAAAAUUUGAAAAAUAAAAAUACUGAAGACCCUGGAGA